CAUUUGGAGGAGGAAAGAGGCAGCAAGCAGCAGGACCCACGCCCACCUGCUGCAGCCCAGUGCCUGGCCAUGACYGUCACCUACUCCAGCCAAGUGGCCAAUGCCCGCCUGGGCUCCUUCUCCCGCCUCCUGCUGUGCUGGCGUGGCAGCAUCUACAAGCUGCUCUACAGAGAGUUCUUCAUCUUCCUGUUCUGCUACUACACCAUCCGUUUCAUUUACCGGCUGGCCCUCUCGGAGGAACAGCAGCUGCUGUUCGAGAAGCUGGCUUUGAAUUGCGACAGCUACAUCCAGCUCAUCCCCGUUUCCUUCGUGCUGGGUUUCUACGUGACGCUGGUCGUGACCCGCUGGUGGAACCAGUACGAGAACCUGCCGUGGCCCGACCGCAUCAUGAGCCAGGUGUCCGGCUUCGUCGAGGGCAAGGACGAGCAAGGCCGGCUGCUGAGGCGCACGCUCAUCCGCUACGUCAACCUCGGCCACGUGCUCAUGCUGCGCAGCAUCAGCACCGCGGUCUACAAGCGCUUCCCCACUUUGCAACACUUAGUGCAGGCAGGCUUUAUGACCCACGGGGAAUACAAGCAGUUUGAAAAACUGAGCUUGCCACACAAUAUGUUCUGGGUGCCCUGGGUGUGGUUUGCCAACCUGUCCACAAAGGCCUGGGUUACAGGUCGGAUCCGGGACCCUGUCCUGCUCCAGAGCCUGCUGAAUGAGAUGAGCACCUUGCGUACUCAGUGUGGACAUCUGUAUGGCUAUGACUGGAUCAGUAUCCCGCUGGUGUACACACAGGUGGUGACCGUGGCAGUGUACAGCUUCUUCCUGGCUUGCCUGGUUGGCCGGCAGUUUCUGAACCCGGCCAAGGCCUACCCGGGCCACGAGAUGGACCUUGUUGUGCCGGUCUUCACGUUCUUGCAGUUCUUCUUCUACAUGGGUUGGCUGAAGGUGGCAGAACAGCUCAUCAACCCUUUUGGAGAGGAUGAUGAUGAUUUUGAGACCAACUGGAUCAUCGACAGGCACUUGCAGGUGUCCCUGUUGUCUGUGGAUGAGAUGCACCAAGAUCUGCCCCCCCUAGAGCGGGACAUGUACUGGAAUGAGAUAGAACCCCACCCACCCUACACAGCUGCUGCUUCCCAGUUCCGCAAACCCUCCUUUUGGGGCUCCACAUUCAACAUCAGUCUGCAGAAAGAAGAGAUGGAGUUUCAGCCAAAUCAGGAGGACGAGGAGGACACUCACCAUGGUAUCUUUGGUCAUGAUCAUCAAGGUGUCAUUAGUCACCUCCUAGGGCUGCAGUCCCAUGAUCACCACCCUCCCAGGACAAACUCCAAGACCAAACUACUAUGGUCCAAGAGGAAGCCCUACCUCCACGAGAGUCAACCCAGUAAAGACAAACAGAGCCCUGGGGACCAGGAAGACACCAAGGCCUGGAAGCUCAAGGUGGUAGAUGUCUUCAGGGAUGCUCCACUCUACGAGAGGCCAGGCUACCACAGUGCYCCACAGACGCCCCUCAGUCGCACGCCCAUGGUCUUCCCAGAACUGUCAGCCCCCUCUGGGCUACAUGGCAUCACAGGCACUGAUACAAGUGACCAAAGCCCAAAGCCUGUGACUUCUGGGGCCAAGAACCAUUUUGAAUUGCUCCCAGAUGAUGGGGCCUUGAGGGAGCACCCAGAAGUACAUCAUGCAAGGAAGAAAACUGUCGAGUUUAACCUGAAGGACAUACCAAAGAUCCCUGAAGGUCAUCUCAAAAGACAUUCGCAACGCUUGACAAGCAAUAUACACACAAUCCUCGAAGAUCCCGUAGAUCCUGCAGCUCCCCUUCACACCUUGGAAAACAGGUCUGUUCACCCAAACCAGGGUCAUGGCAUCCCCCUCCCUACCCCAGCUUCCCUUGCUCUGAGCAGCUUCCCAUGGUUUCAUUACUGUCAGAAUAGGAGGGAUCUAUACCCUGACUAG